GUUAUGCAGAAUGCGAAUGCGGGCGGUUCGCCGUUCGAUUUCUUGGCACGCUUUGCAGGCCCGAUCGCCUGGCUCAUCGCAGGCUUGCUGCUUCUAUUCGGUGGCUUGCCAUUUGGAGGUCCUGCUGGUCCUGGAGGCCCUGGAGGCAACCCUUUCGAGCUUGGCAAAUCCAAGGCUCGCAUCAUCAAGGACGGAGACACGAAAGUCAAGUUCGCUGAUGUAGCAGGCUGCGACGGUGCCAAGCAGGAGUUGGUUGAGGUCGUUGAUUUCUUGAAGAACACCUCGAGGUACUCAGACCUGGGUGCCAAGAUUCCAAAGGGUGCUUUGUUGGUGGGCCCUCCCGGUACUGGAAAGACCCUGCUCGCCAAAGCUGUCGCGGGAGAGGCUGGCGUGCCAUUCUUCAGCAUUUCGGCCUCUGAGUUUGUGGAGAUUUUCGCGGGAAUUGGUGCAUCUCGUGUGCGUGAUCUCUUCGAGCAGGCCAAGAAGUCGGCCCCGUGCAUCAUCUUCAUCGACGAGAUCGAUGCAGUGGGCCGCCAGCGCAGUGCUGGCUUUGGCCAAGGUAACGAUGAGCGUGAGCAGACGGUGAAUCAGCUGCUGACAGAAAUGGAUGGCUUCGAGAGCAACAAGGGGGUCGUUGUGAUCGCGGCCACCAACCGAGCUGACAUCCUGGAUCAAGCCUUGGUUCGACCCGGCCGCUUUGAUCGUCAGAUUCAGGUGGAUCCCCCUGAUGUGCAAGGCCGCACUGAGAUUCUCAAAGUUCAUGCCAAGGACAAGAACUUGGCCCCGGGUGUCGACCUCUCCGCAAUCGCAAGACAGACGCCGGGCAUGUCAGGUGCUGACUUGGCCAACCUGCUGAACGAAGGUGCCAUCCAGGCAGCCAGAUCGAACAAAGCGGAGAUCGAUUCCGACGACAUCUUCAAUGCGCUGGAGCGCAUUUCCAUUGGCCUUGAGAAGAAGGAUGCCGUCAUGUCCGAGCAGAAGAAGAAACUGGUGGCUUACCACGAAGCUGGACACGCUAUCUUGGGCGCGUUGAUGAAUGACUACGAUGUCGUUGCGAAGAUCAGCAUCGUCCCGCGUGGGCCGGCAGGUGGCGUCACCAUCUUCAUGCCCUCUGAG